AUGUCCGGGUUGCUGAUAUACGAUACUCAACCAAAUCAAAUCCCUCGAUGUUUCGAUACAGACUCCGUGCGAAUCAUGGUAAUGGGAGAUAAUUGCUCAGGCAAAACCUCCUUCAUAUUACGAUGCUUGAACGGCACUUACAGAGACAUCGAGGCCGGCAUGUAUAUGGAAGACAUAUACAGAAGACCACUGAAUCUUCUAUCGUUGCUCACAGACUCAAAAGUGUCGAACGAUCACGACAUCCACGAGUUUAUCAACAGUAAGACUUACAAUAAAAAAUUCCUGCCAAAGGAAGUCCAAUUCUUGGAUGCGUCGCCUUUUGAAAUCGCAGACUUCUCAGAAUUAAGAAACCAACAUAUCAUUCAAUCCGAUGCGUUCAUCCUGUGUUUCGACCCGACGAGCAUGGAAUCGUUGCUGAACUUAAGAACGUAUCAGAGAAGAAUAGAACGGGUCAGAGGUAUAGACGAUACCGUGCCGGUCAUGGUCGUCGCUACGAAGUCCGACUUGAUGUCAGAGAGGAAAGUCUCCAGUGACGAUAUCCUCGAGAUGAUGAAUAGAUUCGAACUGUCGUACACAAGUAAUUUUAUGGAGAUUUCUUCAAAACAUGAUAUUAACGUUAAGAAAUUGUUCGUCAAGACGUUAAUUAAAGCUGAACAGUAUAAAUACCAACAACGGGCUGUGUUGAUACAGAAACAGAAUGAAGUCCAAAUGUUCCCAGAAUCUAUAUCGGACGUGACGGAAUUGUCUUCGGUGUCUGAUAUGGAUUUGGUAGGGCCAACAAAUCAUGAACAUGUUAGUCCUAACAGUAAUCAGACUGUUACUAAUGCAGGGAGUAAAGACCUGAUUGCACCAACUUCAAACACUAAUAAUAGUGAGGAUAUCAUCGGAUCUGUAAAUAGUAAAGUUAGAUUGAUUGAAAUAAAGUCCCAGAAUGGAAGAAACGAUAGUAACAAUAUGCAAGGUAUGAAUGGAUUGAAUAAAAGUAGAACAAACUCGUCAAGAUCUAUCGUCAUUAGAGAGAAGACCGCUGAUUUGAGUUAUAAUAAGUCUGGUACUGCUAAUACUCAAUCGGUAAAGAAGAGACAUAAUAAUGAAUCUUGUUGUGUCUUAUGUUAA